CAAGCAUCAGCCUGCCAUCGCCUACCUUUUGGUCCGCUACCAUCAGCUCCAAAAUGAAGCGCCUUACCCAAUUACCUUUCGCAGAGAGCUCUAUUGCUAUCAGAAGCUGCUCACGGCCUCGAACGGUCCCUAACGCCGUUCAGAGAUGUAUUCAUACGACGCCAUCGAAGCCAGCAACCGUAGUUGGAAAUCUCACGGCGACUGGCCCUCCGCCUACGGCGCCGACGCCAAGCGCUGAAUAUGUGGACUCAAGAGUUGCAAGACGGCGGAAACAGGCGGAGCUACUGACGAGAGGGCAGGAUCUCAGAGCUGUCUCCGGGGGUAAUGGAGGUGGAACGGCAAAGUUGAAGAGGUUUUGGAAGGAUGUGCAUGUAAAGCAUGCGGAUGAAGGACUCCAAAUCCACCUCGACAAGCGCCCUCUCCGCCGUCCUACGAAACAGAUCCUCACAAUCCCGCACAACAAGCCCCAUCUCGCCUCCGCCAUAGCCCUUGAAUGGGAUCUUCUUGUCUCAGCUCAACAGGCUCUUCGGCAGCACCUAAUUCCUCUGACCUCCCUCGUCUCUCGGGCUCUCGAUAUCGCCGAUGAAGACGCAUCCGGCGGCGGCGAGAUCCGCGCAAACAUCGUCAAGACAGUUAUGCGAUACCUCGACACCGAUUCCUUGCUCUGUUGGGCACCCGAAGCAUCGCCCGAUCCACCCGGGUAUGAAGUCCAUGCGAGCAGGACCGAGAGUUUGAGAUCCAUUCAACAGAAGACGGCAAUGCCUAUUAUUGCUUAUCUGACGGAGAAGGUGUGGCCCGGCAUCGAGAUUGUGCCGGUGCUCGACCCGGAUAGCAUCUUGCCAAAGAGCCAGCCGCAGAUGACAAAGGAUGUGAUCAAGGGCUGGGUAAGUGGGUUGCCUGCCUUUGAACUGGCUGGUUUAGAGAGAGGUGUCUUGGCCGGGAAAGGAUUGCUGGGCGCUGCGCGGCUGGUGGUAGAAUGGAGCUCGGAGUUGACGCACCUGAGGAAUGGUGAGGCGAGAACCUUUGGGAUUGAAGAGGCGGCGCAGGCAGCGAGCCUGGAAGUCGACUGGCAGACCAGAAUGUGGGGUGCCGUAGAGGACACGCAUGAUGUCGAGAGGGAGGAUAUAAGGAGACAGCUGGGGAGUGUUGUAUUAUUGGUAUCUGGGCAGACCAAGCAGGGAUAGACGGAGCACGUUGUACAUUAUGUAGGUACGUAGCACGAUGCUAUAAGAGAUAGACAUGUCCAAAUAUAUGUAUAUAUAUACACUAUUUCUGCGCG